GAAUAUGUUUUAGCGAUAUGGAUGAAAGUUUCUGUUACGUAUGGGAGGUAGAUUCGGUAGAAACAGAAGAUCAAUCGUUAGACGAUUCUAUUUUCUCCAUUGAAGUACAUGCUUCCUUCACAUACUCGACCAUGGAAGAAGAUGAUGAGGAACCGGAUCUGGCAGCUCAACUCGAGUCUUUGGAAACCGAAACUCUACAAAAAACUCAUCGACUGCCACUCGAUCAGGUGAGAAGCGAUCCUCGAUCUUCUGUUUAUAGCAUUCUCGAUUCGAUGUACAUUCGGGUCGAGAAUUUCAUGAUCCAUAGAAUAUUAGAUUGUGCUAAUCGAAUGUUGAAAGACAAUCGUUACAAGAAUCGGAAAGUUUUGAGAAUGCGAGUGAAUGUUGAUGUGACGGUGGAGGAAUUGCCAUUUUUUGUUGAAGAUGAUGAGGAAAACCAGGGAUUAAUGAUUCCGGCGAGUGAAGGAGCUAUUGAAGGGUUAGAGGAAGUUGAAGUAGAGAAUCCCAUUGAUUGUGCAAUUUGCUUGGAUAAUCUAAGUAGUAGUUGUAAAGCUAAGAGAAUGCCUUGCUCGCAUAUAUUCCAUGCCCAUUGCAUUCUUAAUUGGCUUGGUAUUGGUAACUUUUGCCCAACAUGUCGAUUUGAGUUGUCCAGUUAGAUCAUGAUUU